CUCUUAUCAAUUCGUGCUCUUAUCAGCUACAGGCCGCGGUAAAGGCUAUAACGAUACGUUAAGGUCAAGGUCAAAUCAUAGUAUUAAAAUAUGGCGGACGCAAAAUUAAGAUUGAAAGAAUUCCACCAGAAAAUAUCUGAUGAUUUACAGAGAUCGGUUGACUUCUGGGUUAAAUACUCACAUGACGAAGAACACGGAGGUUUCUUGAAUUGUAUUGGACCCGAUGGUAAAGUUUAUGACGAUACGAAAUAUGGCUGGUUUCAAGGUCGACAGGUGUAUACGUAUGCUAGUAUAUUGAGAUCAGCCCCCGAUGUUGUUAAAGAUAAAGAGAAGAUGUUAAACGCUGCAGAAAGUGGGGCCGAAUUUCUGAUGAACAAAGUUAAGAAUAGCGACACAUCACGAUGUUAUUUUAUGACUACACGAGAUGGACGACCUAUUAAAUAUCAGAAAACCAUAUUCACAGAGACAUUUUAUACAAUGGCCAUGUUAGAAUUACAUGAAUUAACUAAAAAGGAUAUUUAUCAGAAAGAAGGUAUAUCCAUGUUAGAUAAGAUAAUUUAUUGGGCACAGGUUGAUGACACUGAGUUAGGAAAUACUCCACUAGCUGGUCAUACACCUUCAUCAUCUCUAGCUGUACCUAUGAUGGUUCUUAACCUCUGUCAGUUACCUCUGCCAGCUGAAAAGAAGAAGGAACUGAAAAGUGUUGAAGAGAAAUGUGUGAAAGAAAUACUGUCCCAUAUUCAGAGAGACGGGAGUGUUAUACUAGAAAAUGUAUCUCCAGACGGCAAAGAAUUACCAAACAGUUGGGGCAGAUUACAAAAUCCAGGUCAUGCUAUAGAGUGUGGAUGGUUUUUACUUGAAUACGCCAUAAAAACAGGCGAUAAAGAAUUACAGAAAACAGCCAUUGAUAAAUUUAUUGUCAACCCUUUCAAAGGGGGCUGGGAUGAGAAUUAUGGCGGAAUAUUCUAUUUUUUGGAUGUGGAUGGAUAUUGUCCGACACCACUUGAAUGGGAUAUGAAGUUAUGGUGGCCACACAACGAAGCAUUAAUCAGCUUCUUGUUGGCCUGGAAGACCACCAAAGAUUCACAAUUCUUAGAAACAUUUCAGCAAGUUUUUGACUACUGCUAUGAACAUUUUGUUGAUGAAGAACAUGGCGAAUGGUUUGGUUAUUUAAAUAGAAGAGGGGAAGUAACUCAUAACUUUAAAGGCAGUCCAUGGAAAGGAUGUUUUCACGUGAUACGAUACCAGAUCAUGUGUCGACAGUUAUUAGAAGAAGCCAUUUCUAAUCAGUAAUUUAUUAGACUACCAUUGCGCAAGAAUUUACACAUAUAUGAAAUUGAACAUAUUUGCAAGUUUUCAUGUGUGAUAUCACAAAUAAUGCUUUGCAUCAAUGAUACUCUUCACAUGAACGAAUUAUUUUUGUA